AUGGUCUCGGUAGCAGAGCAGUUCAGCAACCUUAGAGAUACUCUGGGUUCGAUCCUCGGCAUCUUCACGCUGAUGCGUUGGAUUCGCACACUCAUCGCCAAAAUCACCGGCCGACCACCCCCGGCCGACGCGACAGCUCUUACGCCAGCAGCUUUCGCCAAGUUCGAGGGUCGUCAGCCCAUUGGGCCCGACGGCGCUCCUCUGGGACCCCCCAAGGCAUCCCGCAAGCCGCUCUUCUUCUUCCUCCUUGCCGCGUUCGGUCUCCCGUACCUUAUGCGCAAGAUGAUUAACACCAUGGCCGCCUCCGCAGAGGAAGAGGAGCGGCGUCGCAUGGCACUGGCCGGUGAGCAACAGGCCUUGGAUCCGUCCAAGCUCGACUACUGCCGCCUGCUCUACGACUACACUCCCCAGCCCGGUAACGCCGUAAAGGAUGUCGACAUGGACGUGCGCAAGGGUGACCUCGUCGCCGUCCUCUCCAAGAGCGAUCCUAUGGGUAACCCCAGCGAGUGGUGGAGAUGCCGGGCCCGCGACGGCCGCCAGGGCUACCUGCCAUCGACUUACCUCGAAGUCAUCAAGCGACCCGGUCAGCCUCUAGCCGCUAUUAAGGCUGCCGCCAGCGACAGUAGCCGGACUAACUCGCUGACCGGCGCCGCUCCUGAGAAGGCACCCGAAGUAAUGUCCAAGAUUGGCGAUGUGUCGCCGGAAAGCUUCCAGAAGAGUGUGUUCUACAACUAA